AUGGGUGGUACUUUUCCGGUGGAUUUUCCGGCGAGGUUUCCGGCGAGUCUCCGGCGAGGUGGGCAGCGCUCCGGCGUGUUUUCCGGCAGCACGUUCUUCUUCGUGGGCAAGGAAGGCGGCGGCAAGCUGGGCUCCGGUGAUGGCUCGGCGAGGGGAGGUGGCGGCUUUGGAGUGGAGUUGGGCGAUGCCAAUGUGCAAUUCGAACUAAAGUCUGGAUUAAUUCAUCUUUUGCCUUCUUUUCGUGGACUUGCAGGUGAAGAUCCUCACAAGCAUUUAAAGGAAUUCCAUGUGGUGUGUUUGAGUAUGAAACCCACUGGGGUUACUGAGGAACAAAUCAAGUUGAGAGCCUUUCCCUUUUCGUUGAAAGAUUCAGCGAAGGAUUGGUUAUACUAUCUACCUUCUGGGAGCAUCACCACAUGGAAUAACUUAAAGACACUAUUCCUUGAAAAAUAUUUCCCAGCUUCAAGGGCGGCCAAUAUUAGAAAGGAAAUCUGUGGUAUAAGGCAAAACAAUGGAGAGUCUUUGUAUGAAUAUUGGGAGCGUUUCAAGAAGCUUUGUGCAAGCUGCCCACACCAUCAAAUCAGUGAUCAAUUACUCAUUCAAUACUUUUAUGAAGGACUUUUUCCGAUGGAUAGAGGCAUGAUUGAUGCUGCAAGCGGUGGUGCUUUAGUUGACAAAACACCAGACGCUGCAAGAAAUUUAAUUGCAAACAUGGCUGCAAAUUCUCAACAGUUCGUGGUUAAUCCAAGAGAAAAUGCAAGUGCAAUUGUGUUGAGGAGUGGUAAGGAAAUUGAAGGCCCUGCGAUUGCUACCCCAUCAGUGAACCAAGAAAAAGAGGGAACUAGCAACAAUGAAAAUUCUCAAGGUAAGUCUUCCAAUCUUCUGAAUUAUGAACCCGUUCCCCCAUUCCCCCAAGCUUUGUCAGAAUCUAUAAAAGGAACGAAAGAUGAAGAGUUAUAUGAAACUUUCAAAAAUUGUGAAGUGAAUAUUCCAUUACUUGAUGCAAUAAAACAAGUUCCUAGAUAUGCUAAAUUUUUAAAGGAAUUGUGUACAACAAAAAGGACACAAAAGUCAAAAAAAGGUGAGAAAGUGCUAAUGGGUAAGAAUGUUUCUGCUGUGAUUCAAAGCAAGCUUCCUGAAAAAUGCAAGGAUCCAGGUAUGUUUACUAUUCCUUGUAUGAUAGGCGAUACUAAACUUGAGAAAGCCAUGCUAGACUUAGGAGCAUCUAUUAAUGUUAUGCCAUAUUCUGUGUAUGCUUCUUUAAAACUUGGACCUUUGAAUGAAACUAGUGUAGUUAUCCAGUUGGCUGAUAGGUCUAAUGCAUACCCCAAGGGUGUAAUUGAAGAUGAAGACCAUUUUUAA